GUUUUGGUCUACAGUUUCUAGAUAUGUGCGUCGCCGUUCAAGCGCAGAGCUGGAGCUGACCGAUAAAUCGCCGGGAAGUCGUGCCAAAUUGCAAAAUAACUUUGGGCAAAGUUACAUGUUUACAUCUAGUCAGAGUGUUGGUGUCAGUGCCAGUGUCGAUGGCAGCUCAAAAUUAGUCUCUACCCCGCUCGACUCACCUGUGGAUUGUUUUUGUCUUCACCCAACGUCGUUUCAUUUGCUUUUUUUUGUGUGUUUAUGUUAGAAAAUAAUUUGUAACAUGGUCUGCAAGUCAUGGACACUGCCGCAUCGUGUAUCGGGGCAGGUCGCUCCUGCGUCGCACAGUCUGUUGGGUUCGGUUCGGUUAACUUAUGCCGUUUGCGCCUUUCUUUCCAUCUGCCUGCAUUCUGCCAUGCGCAGCAUGCUGGCCAUGGUCAUACUGCGCAUGGUCAAGCCGCGACCCGAAGACGCACUGCUGAUGGCACUGGAGCUGGACCGCAGCAAUUCGACUGCUGCGGGGCAGUGUGGCGGCUCUGUAUUUGGCCUGUCCGCAGGUGUGCAGGUCCCACAGACGGGCGACUUGUCAUGGACACGCAACCAGGAGCUUACGUUUCCCGGCGUCUUCUAUUACGGCUACGUCAUCUCUAUCCCGCUGGCUGGACACCUGUCGGACCGUUUAAGCAGCAAGCGGCUGUUCAUCUUGUCGCUGGUGUUCGAGGCUUUGGCGUACUUCCUGCUGCCAACGAUGGCGCAUCACAGCUAUGGCGCUGCAGUGGCCAGCUUGGUGGUCUCCGGCAUGUGUGCGGGUUGCGGCAAUCCGCCGCUGUAUCAGCUGUUCGUCACCUGGGCCCAUCCCACGGAGCGCACGUCGCUGCUCUCAUUCGCAUACAUCGGGCUGCUCAUGGGCUCCAUUGUGGUCUAUCCGGUGGCCAAUUAUCUCAGCGACUAUGCCUGGGAGCUGUCCUUCUAUGUGGUGGCAAGUGUGACGCUGGUCUUUGGCAUAAUCUGCCACUGGCUCAUCUACGACACGCUGGAUGAGCAUCCGCGCAUUUCGGAUGCGGAGAAGGCGUACCUACAGCGAGAGCCGUUGUCCAAGAGUCAGUUGAGUGUGCCUUGGCGGCACCUGCUUACCUCGUUGCCUGUCUAUGCCUUCAUCCUGACUCACAUUUUCCACAACUGCACGUUCCUCGUGCUCUCCGUCGUGAUGCCGCGCUUCAUGCGUGAGGCCAUGCAGUUCAAUCUCCACGAAGUGGGCCUGCUAUCGGCAGCGCCAUAUCUGGGUGGGAUGUUCUCCAAGCUGAUUUGCGUCUUCAGCUGCGGCUACGUGGAGCGGCGCGUGGGUCUCAAGCAGAGUUGGAUGCGUCGACUGCUGUAUGUUGCCUGCAGCAUUUUAACAAUGAUUUUUAUUGGCAUUAUUAUUUGCGCUGGCUGCGAGCAAAAGACACUUGUUAUGCUGAUGUACGCAUUGCUUUAUGCCACCACGGACAUGGGUUUCAGUGCCGGCUACUGGCCCACGCUCUUGUACUUCGCGCCUUCAUUUGCCGGUCUCCUAUCGGGAGUGGCCAAUUGUUUGGCUCAUCUGUCGGGAUUCCUGGCGCCACAUUUGGUGGCCACUCUGGUGCACACUGGCACCAAGGCCGAAUGGAACAUUGUGCUGCUGACACUGAUUAUUUUCAAUGGCAUGGCCAUGAUUGUGUUUGGGCUGUUCAGCAGCACGAGGCUGCAGCCUUGGGAUCCACGCAGACGCAUGGAGUCUCUAAGUGCAACUCCAGCCAACUUGCAUUAGUUAAUAAGAAUUUUGCCUAUCUUAUUUUAUUGUUGUUUUUCUCUUUUAAAGCCCGCCAAUUGUCCUAUCGAAUAAAGUAGUUUUUAGUGUUUUAUAA